UUCCCGGCUAAAACAAAGGGUUACUUAUAAUACUGACUCAGAAAGGAAAAAAAAUACAGAGAUGAACACCCAUUUAUUUUCAUCCUUUCUCUCUCUACCUCAAACUUUCUCUUUCUAGAUCUGGGAUCCCUAAAUUUCUCCUCAUUUUCUCUUUACCAUUUCUCUAUUCUCAUUUUCAUUCACCUUACUCCCUUUCCCCUCUUCUACAAUUCUCUCUGAACUUUCCCUUUCGUAGAAUUAGGGUUAGGGUUUCACCAAGAGAACCAAAGCGAACACCAUUGGCAUGUCUCGAUUUUCUUCUCUGCUGGGUUUUCAAGCCAUUCUGAAGAAACGACAUUGAAAGGAAUUGGAGAGGUUAAAAGAAACGGAAACAAGAAGCUCCAACAUACCACAUUUUAAUCUCUUUUUUUGUUUGUUUUUAAAUUUUUUCUGGGAUCAGGUCUUCUCAAGAAGAUCUGAAAAGAGGAGGGUUAUUGUUGGUUUCUGUAUAGCCGGGAAAAAUGAGUGCUUCAAGGUUUAUCAAAUGUGUUACCGUCGGCGAUGGUGCCGUUGGAAAGACGUGUCUCUUGAUUUCUUACACCAGCAAUACCUUCCCCACGGAUUAUGUGCCCACCGUGUUCGACAAUUUCAGUGCAAAUGUGGUCGUCAAUGGGAGCACUGUCAACCUAGGGUUGUGGGAUACUGCUGGACAGGAGGAUUACAACAGGUUAAGACCUCUGAGUUACCGUGGAGCUGAUGUUUUCAUUUUGGCAUUCUCUCUCAUUAGUAAAGCCAGCUAUGAAAACGUUGCCAAGAAGUGGAUUCCUGAAUUGAAGCAUUAUGCCCCCGGUGUUCCAAUAGUGCUUGUUGGAACAAAACUAGAUCUUCGGGAUGAUAAGCAAUUCUUCGUAGACCAUCCUGGUGCUGUGCCAAUUACCACUGCUCAGGGUGAAGAGCUGAGGAAAACAAUUGGUGCACCUGCUUACAUUGAAUGUAGUUCAAAAACACAGCAGAACGUGAAAGCAGUCUUUGAUGCCGCUAUCAAGGUCGUGCUCCAGCCACCCAAGCAGAAGAAAAAGAAGGGGAAGUCCCAAAAGGCAUGUUCUAUUUUGUGAUCAACAGUAGGUCCAAUGUUAUUACUGGUCACACUUCUCCUUGUAACCUCUCUCUCGUAUUCCUUUGUCAUUUGUCUCGGAGGAAGUAGGAGGUCCAUGUUGUAUGUCUCAUUUAAAAUUACUAGUGAUCUCUUGAAUUGUCAGGUGGCUCGGUUUUCUGUGUAAUGCUGUGUGAUCUCUAAUUGUUUAGUCACACAGCACCUUUGUCGUAGGCCACUGUAUUGUGCCCUCUCUGUUCUGAUUUGCUUUAUAUGUAUUUUAAUGACCUAAUGAUCCAAUUAGAAAAAAAAAGAGGAAAUUUUCCCGGCAAUGUUGACAUCAUAUUUCUCUGAACA